GACAGGUGAGCUGUUUCUGUGUUCAGUUGUUUCGCAGCGAGCCGUGCAGACAGCAGCUCUCAGGACGAUCUGAUCCUGCAGAGACCGCCACAGAGACAUGAUCCUACAGCAGGUCAGACUCUUAUAUACCCUCUGUGUUUACCACCUUUAAGUCAUGUAUGUUUAUAAUGAUCACUUCACCUGUCUUCACCUGUCUUCACCUGUUUCCCUCCUAAUGAUUCUAAAAGAAAAUGUCAGGAUGAAACUUUAGCUUCAUGCGUCCUUUAACUUUCUGAGCGGUUUCUGUCUUGUGUGUUUUUUUUGUAUUUAUCCAAACCUUUACUGUCUGAGUUUUAUAAAAACACAUGAACUCUCUCUCUCAGAACGCUGAGACGUGGUCAGGUUGACACAGAUGAUGAUUUUAAAGCUUUAGAGUUUACAUUUAAAAAACCUCUUAUACAUUUUGAAUGAUUUUUAUUUUUUUGAUUUGUUUGCAAACCGUCGUGUGGUGUUCUGCUGGGUGUCUCUUCUCUGUUGACAUCAUAUAAACGUCUCCAGUUUGAAUUUUAAACAAACCUAAAGGUGUUUUUAAAAAAGAGAAUUCAGCGUUUCCUCUGCAGAACUGAGAUGACUUUCUGCACGAUGAUGUUUGUUAUUUCUGCAGCUUUUUGUCGUUUUAAAAUCAUCUCUGUGUUUGUAUGUGACAGCUGACCUGUCGUCUCUGUAGACAAGAAUUCUUGUUUUUACUAAAAGCAGCUUGAAUCCAUUUCAUCCUGUGUGUUGUGCAUCUUAUCAGCUGUUUAUUCAACAUAAAGAAAUCUAUCUGUUUCCUUUUAAACCUCAGUUUGAAUAGCAUUCAGAGACUCUUUAGUUUUCAUUUUAAAUUUAAAUCAUAACCCAAAGAAAAAGUGCUUCAAAGUCCUGUUAUGAUCUUUUUUUAGUCCUGGAAUGAGUGGCCGAGUUAGUUGAGGUGGUCAGUGAAAGGAAUGGCGAGGAUUUGGGGAGAUUAGUGGGCUCAGAGAAACUGAACAAAAGUGCAGGACAGCUAAAAAAAAACACAACAGAGCAACGAGAGAGAGAGCAUCAGGUCAGAUUAGUGAGCUCAUCCCAGGGACAGAAACACAAGGGGGGGGGGGGGUCUCUAAACCCUGACUGGUUCUGUUAAACUGCACAGAACGGAAGUUCUAAUGUUGUUUACAGAUCCGAGCAUGCAGGAGAAACUCUGAGGCUUCUGAGGCUGGCUGCAGAAACACAGGAAGUCACAUACACACCCAUUCUAAAAAGUCUGUUUUUACAGCAGAGAUUAACAUGUUUACAGCCUGGUUCAAAAAACCAAAUAGGUGUGAUUAGCUCAUGUCUCGAUGGACACACACUGUACAGGGGGGUGAAUGUUUUGAUGACUCAUCAGUUUUGAUUUGAUGAAGGAUAAGAGUUAUUCACAAUAAGGCGUGUAGCUGACCUGAUUGACAGGUGGCCGCGGUGUAACGGUUUGUCAGGAGGUUUAAAACCCGCCUCAGCUCCAGCUCUCAGCCUGUCGUUAGGUUGACUGAAAGUUAGACUGAGACAGCAUUUCCAGCAUGGAGACCGCCAUCGAUGAGACUCCAGCGCCCCCUGAAGUGUCUCUUUUCUAAACUUCCACUCUGUGACGACGUCUUCUUCUUCUCAGAUGGCAGACGAGUGAGAAAACAACGAAUGGCGUUCACAGGGAGCGUCCUCCGCUUCAGGGGGGACGAUAACCUCCAGUCCAUGCUGGUGGGGACGGUGAUGAGGAAGAUCAAGUCUCGUACCUGGAAGAAACAACGCUACUUCAAACUGCAGGACGACUGCAUGACCAUCUGGUACCAGUCCAAGAAGGCCGGCAACGCCCACUCCACAUUUUCAGUCGGCGACGUGGAGGCGAUACGAGAGGGCCACCAGUCUGAGGUCCUAGUCAGCAUCGCCGAGGAGUUCCCAGCCGACCGCUGCUUCACGGUGGUCUUUCGUGGUCGCCGGGGAAACCUGGAUCUGGUGGCAGAGUCGGCCGAGGAGGCGCAGACUUGGAUCAGAGGCAUGAGGAAGCUGAUCGAGAGCAUUGAGAACAUGGGGGAGAGGGAGAAACUAGACCAAUGGAUUGGCGACUGGUUCAAGAAGGCAGACAAGAACAACGACGGCAGGAUGAACUUCAAGGAAGUGCAAGAUCUACUGAAGAUGAUGAACGUGGACAUGAACGAGCACCACGCUCAUCGACUCUUCACGAUGGCUGAUAAGUCCCAGUCGAGUACGCUGGAGGACGACGAGUUUGUUCUCUUCUACAAGAUGCUGACCCAGCGGGAGGAUGUUCUGACGGUUUUCCAAAAGUUCUCAUCAGAUGGCCAAAAGUUCUCCCAGAGCGACUUGGAGGACUUCCUGAGAGAUGAGCAGCUGGAAGGGGGCGACAUCCAGCAGCACGCCAUGCAGCUCAUCGAGCGCUAUGAGCCCUCUGACGCAGCCAAGCUGCUGAAUGCCUUGACAUUUGACGGCUUCCUGAUGUACCUCGGCUCGGCUGAGGGAUCCAUCUUCAACCCACAGCGGCGAGGCAUCUUCCAGGACAUGACCCGGCCUCUGUGCCAGUACCUCAUCUCCUCCUCGCACAACACCUACCUGAUGGAGGACCAGCUGCGAGGACACAGCAGUGUGGAGGGAUACAUCAGAGCUCUGAGUCGAGGCUGUCGCUGUGUCGAGGUAGACUGCUGGGACGGUGCGAACGGAGAGCCCAUCGUGUAUCAUGGACACACCUUUACCUCCAAGAUACUCUUCAAGGAUGUGGUCAACGCAAUGGGCAACUACGCCUUCAAGGUAUCUGAGUAUCCAGUCAUCCUCUCCAUCGAGAACCACUGCAGUGUUGAGCAACAGAGAGUCAUGGCCCAACACCUCAACCACAUCCUUGGUGACAAACUGCUGAAAAGCACGCUGGAUGGAAAGGCCCCCAUCGGGCUGCCGUCUCCUGAGGAUUUAAAGGGGAAAAUUCUGCUGAAAGCUAAGAAAAUCGGCGGCCUGGAGGAGAGUCACCACAACGGGACGGCGGAAGACUCGCAGACUGGAGAGGUCAGCGAUGAAGACGAGGUCGCUGAAAUCGACGAAGAGAACGUCCACAGAGAGACUGUGCGUCGCAGGCUGAAGAAGUCAAAGCAGCGUCUCUCAAAGGAGCUGUCAGACUGUGUGGUUUACUGUAAAAGCGUCCACUUCAGCAGCUUCAAACACUCCCGGAUUCACUCCAAGUUCUACGAGGUGACGUCUUUCACUGAGUCCAAAGCCCGCAAGCACCUCAGAGAGGCAGGGGCCGAAUUUGUGCUCCAUAACUCCCGGCAUCUGACCAGAGUUUAUCCCAGCGGCUUCCGAACGGACUCCUCCAAUUUCAAUCCUCAGGAAAUGUGGAACGCUGGGUGCCAAAUUGUUGCGUUGAAUUUUCAGACAGCGGGUGAGGGGAUGGAUCUGAACGACGGACUGUUUAGUCAGAACGGCGGCUGUGGCUACGUCCUGAAACCUGCUUUUAUGAGCAGGACAGAGAAAAGAUUUGACCCCGAGACGCCUGAAAAACGAGAAGGAUACCAUCCUGUCGUUCUCACCAUACAGGUGAUCAGCGGUCAGCAGCUGCCCAAAGUCAACAUCAAAGAGGACUCUAUAGUGGAUCCUCUGGUCCGGGUGGAGAUUCACGGUGUUCCUGCCGAUCAGUGCAAACAGGAGACCAGAUACAUUGAGAACAACGGGUUCAACCCCGUGUGGUACGACACUCUGCGGUUCACCAUCCACACUCCCGAGCUGGCCAUGGUACGCUUUGUGGUGGAAGACUACGACAAGACGUCUAAGAACGACUUUGUGGGGCAGUAUACUCUCCCUCUGAGCUGCAUGCAGCAAGGUUAUCGUCACAUCCACCUCUUGUCCAAAGAUGGAACCAGUAUUCCUCCUUCUUCCUUAUUUGUGCACCUCCGGAUCACAGACGUCGAAUGAGUCAAAGUUCAUUUAAAAUCAUUCACAUAGAAUCCUUCGUCGCGACAGAAAGUACACCUUCUGAAAUAUAAUUUAUUAUUAUAAUUAGUCUUAUUUGAUGUGAAUUAUUACUGCGCCAAAUGUUUAAAGGUUCUUGUAUAGUAUGCAUGUUUUAGUUUUGUGCGUUGUAAUGUGUGUAACUCGGCUGCUCAUGUUUUAAGUAUCUUGUCCGUGUUUUAGAGAAGAAUGUGCCACCGUUAUCUUUAGAUCAGGACGUACUUUCUUGAAGUAUUUUUCUUUGACAAAAAGCACUUCAUCCUGCAGGCUUCAGCUUUCACUUUACCUAAUGUGCAAACAUUCUCUUCAAGCUACAGACAGCCUGGCAGUUAGCUGGCUGGCAAAUGUAGUCCAGUGUUUGAACCUGCAGGAACCAAAUUACAUUGAAAGUGUUUUCUAAAAGUGUGAUCAGAGCAGUAUUGUGGGACUCGAGAUCAGCCUGUGAUUCAUGAUUGAUCUGGAGACCACUUUUUGAAGGUCUUCAGAUUUUAAAUCAAGACCGAUCAAGACCCCCACUGAUAGGCUAUUCUUCUAAGUCAAGUCAUGCUGAUUAGAAGGAAAAUGCCUCUUUCUAAAAAUAAAUAACUUCAAUCUUCAUGUAGUUUGAUUUUUAUUCCCCGGCUGCAACCUUCCCAGUGUUACAGUCUAAGUGAGUGACACGCACUGCUCUGUUGUGAUCGCAUUCAAUCAAUUCCUAUAUCCGAAUACUGUUGUAGGCCUCUAUAAUUAUAAAAUACACGGUCCUAUUGUCAUGUUAACUAAGUACUUGUUGUAGCUAAUGCUAAUUAGAAUGUAACACAUAAGUAUAUUUUUGUGUUAUGUACAUAUUAUCCAUUUGUGUAAAUGUGUUUUGAUAUGUCUAUUUUUGUAUACAUAGAAACAUUCAGAUGUACUGUAGUGAUUAAAUAUGUUUUUUAUUGUAAAAUAACCCAUAAUCAUUUGUCACAUCUUCCUGCUAAUAAAUAAGAUUUUCACUUAAAUGUGCAA